GGCCUCGGUCCCGAGGAGGAGCCGCCACUUCCCGCAGCGGCAGCUUCAGAGGGUUUUUUGCCGGCGCGGAGCAGGACGAGACGGAACCUGUGAUUGAGGACUUCUACAACCGGACCUGGCUGUACCGAUACGAUGAGCCCAUCACCCCCGCCACCCUCACCACGCUCUGGUCCCUCUCCGUCGCUAUCUUCUCCGUCGGGGGCAUGGUCGGAUCCUUCUCCGUGGGGCUUUUUGUCAAUCGCUUUGGCCGGCGAAACUCCAUGCUCAUGUCCAACGCUCUGGCCUUCCUCUCCGCUGUCCUCAUGGGCUUCUCCAAGAUGGCCUAUUCCUUCGAGAUGCUCAUCCUGGGCCGCUUCAUCAUCGGCCUCUACUCCGGCCUCACCACCGGCUUCGUGCCCAUGUACGUGGGCGAGGUGUCCCCGACGGCUCUGCGGGGCGCGCUGGGGACCUUCCACCAGCUCGGCAUCGUCCUGGGCAUCCUCAUCGCCCAAGUGUUCGGCUUGGACGUGAUCAUGGGGAACGACUCGCUCUGGCCGCUGCUCCUGGGCUUCAUCUUCGUCCCUGCCCUGCUGCAAUGCAUCAUCCUGCCCUUCCUCCCCUCGCGGGGCUGGGCCGCGACGGAGCCACCGGCGCCGCCUCAGGGCGUGGAGCAGCUGGCUGGAAGCGCCGACGAGGACGUGUCCUGCUGGGGACACCCCAAACUCGGCCCCUGGCGAGGAGCUGAUGGCCGUGUGUGUCCCCUCUCUUGGCAGCUCUUCGUGGUGGAGCGCGCCGGGCGCAGGACCCUGCACCUCAUCGGCUUGGCGGGCAUGGCCGGCUGCGCGGUGCUCAUGACCAUCGCCCUGACGCUGCUGGACCAAAUGCCCUGGAUGUCCUACCUCAGCAUCGUUGCCAUCUUCGGCUUCGUGGCCUUCUUCGAGAUCGGUCCGGGCCCCAUCCCCUGGUUCAUCGUGGCGGAGCUGUUCAGCCAAGGCCCUCGUCCCGCUGCCUUCGCGGUCGCCGGGUUGUCUAACUGGACCUCCAACUUCAUCGUGGGCAUGGGCUUCCAGUACAUCGCGCAACUCUGCGGCUCCUACGUCUUCAUCAUCUUCACGGUGCUGCUAGUCCUCUUCUUCAUCUUCACCUACUUCAAGGUGCCGGAGACGAAGGGCCGGACCUUCGACGAGAUCGCGUCCGGCUUCCGCCAGGGCGGCGCGAGCCAGAGCGACAAGACCCCGGACGAGUUCCACAGCUUGGGCGCCGACUCGCAGGUCUAACGGCGCCGGC